AUGUUCUUCCUUUAUGCGUUCUGGUCUUUGGGGGUGGCUUAUCUCAUUUGGACUUUGAUUCGAUUCACGAACAACUACUUGGAGGCAAGGAAGAUCGGUCUACCAAUUUUGAUCACUCCCGUCAAUCCUGCAAACCCGCUAUGGAUGCUCACCAAGGACCGUCUCAUACCUAUCGUCACUUCACUGCCUUGGGGGCUAGGGGAAUGGGCGACCAGGGCAGAAGUCGGUUGGACGUUCUACCAGAGAUACUCGGUCCAUGCCCGAUAUGGCGAUGCAUUCACCAUUGUCUCGCCGGGGACAAAUGAAAUCUACAUUGCGGACCCCUCUGCCACUGAGGAUAUAAUGCGGCGGCGUAAUGACUUUAUCAAAGACCCGGCCAUGUACGGCAUGUUGAACAUCUACGGACCGAACCUUGAUACGGUUAAUGGCAAGGUAUGGGAUCGCCAUCGCAAAAUCACAGUGCCACCCUUCAACGAACAGAAUAGUGCUCUGGUCUGGCGUGAGACGGCAGAACAAGCAGACCAGAUGUUGAAAACCUGGUCCGAGAAAGAUUAUGUGACAAGCACACAGCCCGACGUGCAUGCUGUUGCGCUCAACGUCUUGUGCGGCGCUGGUUUUGGCAUUCACAGCAGCUUUAUCGACUCGAAGCUGUCCAGCGGUGACGGCCAGCCGCAGCCGCAGCUGGGGUAUCGAGAGAGCUUACGAAUGUUGCUUGCAAACAUCAUUCAGCUGGUCCUCUUGAGCGUUCUCAAGAAGGCCGGCUUUCCGGAUUGGAUGUUUUUCGGCAACAUGCAAAAGCUGUCCGUCGCAUAUGAAGAGUUCAAGAGAUACAUGAGCGAGAUGCUAGCACGAGAGAAAUCAGCCUUUGAGCAGGGCGAUCUGACGCGGCAUAACCUGAUGAGUGCGUUGGUUAGGGCCUCUGAACAGUCGAACGAGACUGCACGGACCGCAACGGAUCCUGGCGCAACAACAGCAGCGGCAGGACUAUCCGACGAAGAGGUUUAUGGGAACCUCUUCAUCUAUAACCUGGCUGGCCACGACACCACGGCCGCGACACUCCAUUUCGCGAUCACGCUCUUAGCCCUGUACCCUCAGUGGCAAACUUGGGUUGCUGAGGAGAUUGAUCAAGUACGAAAAGCCGACCCGUCGGGCACGUGGUACUAUGAGGAGACUUUUCCAAAACUAGAGCGAUGUCUAGCACUGAUGUACGAGACGGUCCGGUUAUAUGGCCCCGUCGUCAUGAUGCCUCGCUACACGGGAGACUCUACCCAGCGCCUCAGGAUCCGAGAUAGAGAAUACGUCCUGCCGCCAAAAACGUCGGUGACCUUGAACUUUGCCGCCCUCCACACGCACCCGGAUUACUGGGGACCGGAUCCCACGACCUUUCGGCCCGACCGAUGGAUCGUGCCUAAGGGGGAGGGUGUUCCAGACGGUGACUCGUCCCUGAUGCAGCCCGUCCCGGGGUCGUUCGUUCCCUGGAACGCCGGGCCGCGGGUCUGCCCGGGCAAGAAGUUCUCCCAGGUCGAGUUCACGCGGGUCAUCUUCAGCGUGUUCGCCCACGGGUCCCGGGUCGAACUGGUCCCGGAGCCCGGCGAGAGCGAGCAGGCAACGAAAGCGAGGAUCCUGCAAAUCGUGAACGAGGCCCGCGUCGAAGUGACGCUGAAAUUGGUCAACGCUGAGAGAAUCAAGCUUCGCUGGACCAGGAAAGCGCAUGUCCCUGGAGCAUAG